AUGAAUCAGCCCCACCCCCACAACAAAUAUGAUGGGUAUCUUUUUUUCAAGGCUGAUCCUCUUCCCGGCCAGAGAACGACAUGGCUUCGGGUAGAGCGCACUCGAAUACAUGCUACCCAAACUGAAUUAUAUGGUAUGAUCUAUGAUCGAGCUUUCGAGAUUUCUGCGGGAGGCCAGUAUCAGGCUCUGUCAGAUGAGCGGCGCGCCCAUGUCAACCAGCUGAUUCAUGAUCAGCGGCAUCAAGACCCCUCCGUCGAGUGGAGCUGUGUGUACGCAAAAGAACACCGAAGGGUUGUCAAUGACCGUGAUACUGUUGACCGUGGCCAUGAGACUGUUGCAAUGACAGUCAUACUCAUGCAAAGACCAUGGACUCCCAAGGAUCACGCGAGAACCCCGAUGGGUGAUUUAAUUGACCUUCGAAUGUCCACAAACCUCAAUGGCCAGGGGCAAUAUGUUAGAGCUGCAACAACGUCGGGUUUUCCAGUAGGCCACAUGCUUCCUCGCGACUUUGCUAUGAGCAACGCGUACCAAAUUCCCAAGCCACCGCAGACGCAGGAUCGAGCCAGCAUGAUCUGCCUGCGAAAAGCGCUUUCCGACCGUCAGUCAAGAAUGACAAAUCGAUCCGCUCUACCGGAGGGGUAA